AUGCCGUCUAAAAAGCAGAUGAUUAAAAGUUGUCUACGCACCUUUUGUCUGCACAUCGUUUGCGCACCAAUUGUCAGCGCACCAGUUUUCAGCGCACCAGUUGUCAGCGCACCAGUUGUCAGCGCACCAGUUUUCAGCACACCAGUUGUCAGCACACCAGUUGUCAGCGCACCAGUUUUCUGCGCACCAGUUGUCAGCGCACCAGUUUUCUGCGCACCAGUUUUCUGCGCACCAGUUUAUUGCGCACCAGUUGUCAGCUCACCAGUUGUCAGCGCACCAGUUUUCUGCGCACCAGUUGUCAGCGCACCAGUUUUCUGCGCACCAGUUGUCAGCGCACCAGUUUAUUGCGCACCAGUUGUCAGCGCACCAGUUGUCAGCACACCAGUUGUCAGCGCACCAGUUUUCUGCGCACCAGUUGUCAGCGCACCAGUUUAUUGCGCACCAGUUGUCAGCUCACCAGUUUAUUGCGCACCAGUUGUCAGCUCACCAGUUUUCUGCGCACCAGUUGUCAGCGUACCAGUUGUCAGCGCACCAGUUUUCUGCGCACCAGUUGUCAGCGCACCAGUUUUCUGCGCACCAGUUGUCAGCGCACCAGUUUAUUGCGCACCAGUUGUCAGCUCACCAGUUUUCUGCGCACCAGUUGUCAGCGCACCAGUUUUCUGCGCACCAGUUGUCAGCGCACCAGUUUUCUGCGCACCAGUUGUCAGCGCACCAGUUUUCUGCGCACCAGUUGUCAGCGCACCAGUUUUCUGCGCACCAGUUGUCAGCGCACCAGUUUUCUGCGCACCAGUUGUCAGCGCACCAGUUUUCUGCGCACCAGUUGUCAGCGCACCAGUUUUCUGCGCACCAGUUGUCAGCGCACCAGUUUAUUGCGCACCAGUUGUCAGCUCACCAGUUUUCUGCGCACCAGUUGUCAGCGCACCAGUUUUCUGCGCACCAGUUGUCAGCGCACCAGUUUUCUGCGCACCAGUUGUCAUUGAACAAUCGUCUGGUGUAUCAAUCCACGGAUACAGGUUGUCAGUAAACAGUUGUCUGUGA